AUUUUUUUUUUCUUCCCUCCGAAUGGUUAAAAGUGCAAAACCAACCAGAGAGAGCUCCAAUACACACACACCCCCUCCCAUCCACAAUGCAGAGCACCCGCUCCUUCUUCUUCCUCACUUCCGUCCUCUCUCUGUACCCAAAGAUCUCAGCUUUCAUGGGCAUCAGCGUGGGCGUCGGCAUCUCGAUCUCCGGCAACCCUCCCCCGCCGGAUACCACCGCCAACAUCGAAUACAUUGCCCUCCAAUCCUUCAAAUCCUCCAUCUGCGACGACCCCAAACGCAUUCUCUCCUCCUGGAUCGGCCCCAACAUCUGCUCCUACAAAGGCAUCUUCUGCUCCGACCCACCCGAACGCCUCCCAUCCCCUUCCCUCGUCGUCGCCGUCCUCGAUCUCAACGGCGCCAACCUCGUGGGAACCCUAACCCCCGACCUCUCCCUCCUCUCCCACCUCUCCGCCCUCCACCUCAACUCCAAUCGCUUCUCCGGAUCCAUUCCCCUCUCCCUCUCCAACCUCCAAUACCUCUCCGAGCUCGACCUCAGCAACAACCUCUUCUCCGGACCUUUCCCUUCCUCCACCCUCCAAAUCCCUAACCUCAUCUACCUAGACCUCCGAUUCAAUUCCUUCUCCGGCCAAAUCCCCGACGAGCUCUUCCAAAACUCCAACCUCGACGCCAUUUUCCUCAACGACAACCAGUUCCAGGGCGAGAUCCCUUUCACUCUCUGGUCCUCCUCUGCCUCUGCGAUAACCCUCGCCAACAACCAGCUCACCGGAUCCAUUCCGGUCAGCUUCGGCUACUCCGGAUCCGGUCUGAAGGAAAUUCUCCUACUGAACAAUAGUCUCAGCGGCUGCAUCCCGGAAGAGGUCGGUUACGCUACAGGGAUGCAGGUGCUGGAUUUGAGCUUCAAUUCACUUACAGGACAUUUGCCGGAUUCCAUUUCAUGUCUCGCCGGAAUCGAAGUGCUCAACAUUGCCCAUAAUAAGCUGAGCGGGGAGUUGCCGGAGAUAGUUUGUGAUUUGAGGAGUCUGAUGAAUUUGACGGUGUCUUAUAAUUUUUUCUCCGGAGUGAGUAAUGAUUGUGCGAGGCUUUGGUUCAGGAAUGUAGGGUUUGAUUUGGCCGGAAAUUGUAUUCCGGGGAGGGAUUUGCAGCGGCCGGCGCCGGAGUGUGAUGGAUCGUCGGCGGGGAGUUUGAGUUGUUUCGGGUUGCCGGGAAUGAGGCCGGCGGGGUGUGGCGG